AUGGCUGAGAAGAUCACUGCUAAAAAGCUGGCUAAAAUGUCAGAGGAAGAUAGAGCAAUGUAUCUGGAGCAACAGAGGAUUGCUGAAGAGGAGGCUCAGAAGAAAAAGAAGGAUGCUCUCCAGAUUUUUGAAGAUAAGUUAUCUAAGGAGGAACAGGCCACAAAAUUAAAUCUAGUCAAGUUACAAGAACAAUGGCGAAAUAUCAUGAGAAAGAGUAAGCUAGAAGAAUUGAAGAAAGAUUGUCAUGUUAUGAAGGAAACAUUUGAACGAGUUAUUGAUCGGAAGGAUGCUAUUAUUCAAUCGUUAUCAAAGGACAUUGAAGAAGCAAAUGAACAAUAUGAUGUCGCUUUGAGGAGUCACUUGCAAAAAUAGGACUAUCAUGCAGGUUUUCAACAACGGAGAAUUCAAGAUUUAGAGAAAGGCUUCCAACAGGACUUGACCGAUUUGAAGAAAGAGUUUGAUACUGAAAGAGAAGCUACAAUUGCACGAAAUGAGCAAGAAAUGCGAGAUCUGCAUGAUAUUCUCUAUGCUAUGGAGCUGAGAUUUACAGAACGUGAGGCAGAAGCUCAGCAAGAGUUUCAAGGACUAGUGGAUGAGCUUAAAAACAAGAAUCUGGAGGAAACUCAUGCUCUCAGUGCUCAGAGAAAAGCAGUACUGGAUGAAUUGUGGGAUGAGUUUCAAAAGGAAACUAGACAAUACAAGGAGAAUACUGAAGAAAAAAAAGCUGAGGUUUGAAGCUCUCAAAAAAAAGAUGAAAUAAAUGCUAAAGAAAUUGCUAAACAAAUGAAACGAUUGAAAAAGCUUCAGGAUACCAUAGCUGAUUUAAAAGCUAAGUUAAGUUCUAAUACUAAAGAGACAGAGGUCAAACUGACUGCAAUCAGAACAGAUAGAGAAACUGUUUUACCCCAUUUCCAUGAGCUCAAAACAGAGAUGAUGAAGUCAAGAGAGAAUGAAAGAGCUAAUCUCACUAAACUAACUUUACAAAGUGAUGCUUCUAUCAAAGAACUUCAGAGACUAAAGGAGAAGGGAGAGAAAAUACUCAGAUUAGCAGAAAUGUGCCGAAAACUAGAAACCGAAGAAGAAAAGGUUUUACCAUUUUAUUCCACAUCUCUAUCCUCAGAUGAGGAGCAGCAAAUAGCAGUAUUCAAGAAAGAACCACCAACAGAGACAUUAGCUGAAGUGAUAAUUCAUGAGUAUUCAGCAUUAGAGAACUUCUGGAAACGCUACAAUAAGGUUUUACUGGAUACUAUGGGACUGGAUCGAGAAAAGAAGACAUUGGAACAUGAGAAUCAAAAGCUAAUUUUAUUGAAGCAAUACCUUGAUGGUAUAUCAGUGAAUGAUGAAAUACUGAGUCAAAGGAACCCUUUAUUAGUUGUCAAUAGCAACCAAAGACCACCUCAGUUGUCAGUACCAGUGGGUGACUACAGAGUGAAACCAAGAUCUCCAGCAAAUAUUACAGUUGUUGAAGCAGCUCAUGUUGUAAAAAAUAUAAAAACUUAA